AUGCAGCGAGACUCCUCUCGCUCGGCCAGCCACAGGAGGCCCCGCCUCAUGCGUGCCUGCGCCACCGAGCCAUCUUCCAUCAUCACCGCCUCGAUCGCGAACCACAGCCCAGCGUCCCCUAGUGACAGCAGCAUGAGCGGCCGUCCGAAUGCGUAUCGACGUGCCACAGACCUGCUCAACCGUGUCGCAUACAUGUCGGCAUGCGCCUCCUCACCCAACGCUACCUACACCAGCAGUCCCCGACGGCCUACAUCGCUUCGCAGCGUCCCAGGAACGUCUUCUGAAGCUAUCGGCGUCUCCCACGGCCCCGGAAGCCGAGGUGCGGCCGUUGCUGUAAACACUCGCAGCAGUGGUGAGGACAUUCGCAGCAGCCGCCGGCGAUCAUCCGAAGACGUCUUCGGCUCAUCACCAGCAUCAACCAACACCGGCACAUCACUAGACGACGACCUUCACUCACCAUCUCAUCCAUACUCGGUAAACUACUUCAGCUUUCCAAGCUUUGACACCUGGGACCCGGAUAGCCAGGAUAAGGAGGACGAGGACGGCAAAAUGCCUUAG